AUGGAUGAAGUUACGAAUGCAGAUCAGACGUUUAAAGCGGCCGUUAUGUCGAUGGAUGGGAAGUUAGCGACGAAUGGUGGCAGUAACAGAGUGAAUAGCAGUUUGAACGCGGCAACAUCCCCUGCUGUGGUGUGUUCGAUGGGCAGCACUAUGGGAAGCGGGUUCACUGGCAACAUGAACGGUGCGGUUGGCAGCCCGAUGAGCAGCCCCGUUGCCAAUCCGAUGAACAACAGCAUCGUGAACGCAGUGGGCAUUGCAAGGACGAGCGGCAUAAACGGAAGCAACAUCGUACGGAUGAGUAAUGUCCUUGGAAAAGGUAACAACAACAAGAGUGGCAGUAACGGCUGCGGCACAAACAUGGGGCUGAUAAAGAGCUCGCCAAAUAAUGACCCCAGCAUUCUAGCCAACAAUUUGGUGAACACUGUGGUGAACACUAUGGUGAGUAGUGCCAUGGUGGAUACCAUUUCGAAUGGCAACCACGGUGGUGCCAACAACAGCGGUGGAAACAGCAGCGCUGUCAACCUGGGAAAUAACCCUGUGACGAAUGGAAGGAAACCCCCCCCAGCAAAGGGCCCUCCCACCCAGCCUGGAACGGGCCAAGUAAUCAAGAAGAAAGUAGGAAGGCCCAAAGGAGCCUCUUCUGCAAAUAAAGUGAUAAAAAAGGAAGAAAAGAUUUCGACGUCUUCGUCCGGCUACCCAGGGGUCAGUUGGAACAAGAGGAUGUGUGCAUGGCUAGCUUUUUUCUAUGAUGGAGCUUCCAGAAGAAGUAGGACUUUUCAUCCCAAACACUUCAACAUGGACAAGGAAAGGGCCCGACUAGCAGCAGUAGAAUUUAUGAAGUCAUUAGAAAAUAAUGGUAGGAAAAAAUCAACAAAAAAUAAAACAGAGAAGAAUAAAACGAAGCAAUUAAAUGAAGAGAUGAUGCCAGGGAUGUUGAAUAACGACAUGGCAAGCAGCUUAAAUAGCAGAGCCCCAAAUGGCACUCCAAUCCCGAUGCAUUUAAUGUCGUUGAAUCGCGGAUUCUAUAUGCCAGGCAUGAAUAGAAAUUUCAACCACGCAGGGAUGUCCCCAAAUGAUAGAAGUAGUAUGAUCAACACGUACAACCCAUUAAGUAACACGUCAAAUUUAGGAGGCAUGGGCCAAAGCAUGCAAGACCCAGGUGGAAUUUAUAUACAUAAUGGGGGAGCAGCUCCUCCCACCAUGUUUGGAGGCAACAUGCACAUGUUAAGCGGUGUCAAAGGUAACGUAAACGGUACGAGUUGCACAAGUAGUACUAACAGCAACGGUGGUGGUAGCGGUUGCGGUAACAGCGGCGGCAGUUGUAAUAAUAUGCUCUACCUGAACGAGUUGAUGUUUCAUUCCAAUAUUAUGCCGACAGGAGUGGGAGGUGGUGCGGGAAGGGGAAAUGCAGGAAAUGCUGCCGGGGGUGGAAAUGUGACCUUUGUUGAUAGAAAUCUGAGCAGCAGCCAUGCUGCCAGUGAACUUCUAAAAUUGGAAGAGAAUUUAGCAUUACACAAUAAAGACAUGGAAACUUUAAUGAAUGCACUUUUUAGACAGAAUUAUAAUAUGAACAUGGGCAUGGCCAACAUGGAUAAGCAUCAUCAAUACCUGCACAGUAGUGGGAAGAACAAUGGUACUGGGCAGGGUGGCAUGAAGACAUCCUCGAGCAGUUCCAACGGAGGACCCCACGGUGGAAGUGGAGUCCUCAAGAGUGUCAACGGUGUGAAUAACAGUAACGGGGUCAACCCUAUUGGGAACAGUAACCUCCCCAACAGUACCACAGCGGCCAAUGCGAUGAACGGCAAUGCCUCCCCAGGCCCCCAUCUAUAUCUGCCCAAUCAUGCCGCAGGUGUCAACCAUGCUGCGGGUGAUGUGUUUGAAAAUGGGAACGAGUCAAGUAAUGGGGUCACCAUGCCAAACAUGACCAGCAUGGCAAAUGUAGCCAACAUGGUCAGCUUGCCUAACAUGGGCAACCUCCUCCCCAACAUGGGAAACCUGCCAAACUAUUAUGACUACGAUUUUGACCCAUAUCAAGGGAAUAUUUCUCCUCAUCUGAUCGACAUGAUGCACCGGUUAAACAGCGACAUGAAGGAUGGUAGUAAUAAAAGUGGUGGAGUGGGGGGUGGAGUAGGGGGUGUAUCGGAAGGCCGAAGUGACGACAUGAAUGAGUUAAAUUUCUGUUCCACGGAUAAUAACGCCGCUUGGAUUAACCAACUAAAACAUUCGCACAAUAAUCUCUGCAAUAAUUUAAACGGCAACCCUUGUGAUUUAUGUGAUACAAGUAGUGCCUCUCCUGAGUCGAAUAUGGCGAAGAAGAUGGACAUGGGUAACCGGGAAAAAGCAGCCAAUUCGAACGCCACGAAUGAAGGCACGUACAAUUUUAUGGCACCAUGGAAUGGAAGUAACCCUAACUCGAGUAACAACCGAAUCAAUGACUUGGACAGUAGUAAUGACAACAGCGUCGAUAGCAGCCACCUUGCAGCGAACAGCGCUUCGAAUAGUAAUGCCCUAAAAUUGGCCAACCCCAACAAUGUCCUCCUUUGCAUGUCAACAAAUAAUAACCAGAUUAGUUCUGUUUCACAGAAUGCAACACAUCUGGCAGCGAACAUCGAAAUGAACCCCAAAGAGAGUUCCUCCCAUUCUUCAUCUGCCUUUUCUGGCCCAACUAAUAUACAAGACAUUCAGAAGCAGUUGCAUUUUCAGACCCAGUCAGGUCUUGGCACAUCUUCUCCAGAUUUGCAUAAUGCAUUACAAAUGGCUAAGCAGACGAAUAACUUUCCGCAGAGGGGUUUUACCACUAGUAACAGUAAUGGUGCAACAAACAACAACGUCAGUGGUGGUAGCACUAGUGGAGGAGGCUCAAAUCCCAUUAGUAGUCCCACUUCCAAUGGAACAACUGCGCAUAAGAAAAGGGGGCCAAAGGAUAACCGGAAGGCCCUAUUACCCCCCGCGGCGGGCGUAACAGCGGUUGCACCCGUAGGAGCAACAGCGAGAGUAGCAGCCGGAGUAGCACCGGCGGCCGGAUCUUCACAUGCUAUGAACACACAGCAGGCGCAGAAUGGAAAAACAAAUGCGAUGAACCUGAAUUUCGCCGACCAGAACAAUUUAUGUACCAACCUGAAUGGCAUAAUGAAUUUCGAGUGGCUCAGCUCCGACGCGAAGACGCAUCCGAAUAUGAAUAACCAGGGCGCGUUCGAGACGGGAGAUGCGUGA